AUGGAGGGUCUCCCCGAAGGCCUGGUGACCACAACAGGAAAGCUGUCCUCGGAACUCAAUGACCCGAAUCUAGUCCGUGUGGAAGACAUUUUGAAGUUAUGGAAAGUGUAUCAUACCAACCCCAGAGUACUUGAAGACAAUGUGGGAUACAGACUCGAGAAUCUCUUUUGGAGGAUAUGGGGCAGUAAGCGGAUCUUGGAUACGAUUCGGGGGUCGACGCUGGCGCAGUUGUUUUCGCAUGUCUCCCAGCCUGGUCCGUCGUCUUUGGCUUCGUUGAAGAAGUUGAUCAAGAUGCAUGAGUCCUCCAAGAAGCAGAUUGAAAAUAAAGAGUCAGGACGGUCGAUGAGUGGAAGCGGGACAAGUCGAUCGCCUUUACCUCCUAUUCUAAAGAAGCCAAGCGCAGUCCAAGGAAACCCAGCACAGGGAGAGUCGCAAAAGAAAACUAGGUUACUUAUCACAGACCUAGGUGGUCAGAACGCCACACGCAAACCAUCCAACCCUCCAACUCCCGUCACCCCCAACUCGUCAACAGGUGAUAUGACCAACCGGCAAAACUCCAAGAAGACGUACUUUGUGGCGAGUAAACCAGGAAAAGGCGCAAAGCGCAGACCGGGUCUCGUCCGGCGCAAGUCGUCACAGCCGUCAUCGGGGACGAAUUUUACCCGCGCACAAAGCCCGCAUCCCAAGCCAGCGGAGCCCCCGUCGGAGAAUGAGCUUAAACCUGAAAAGGGAUCUGAAAAGGAUGAAGAUGAUAAAGAGGAUGAAUCGAAGUGGCAGUGGGCAGACGACCUUCCACUUCCCAAUCCUGCGUUAAACGUAAAGCCAGGCGCAUUGCCUUCUUCUUUUGUCUCCAGCUUAAAGCUGCUUCUCAGUACCCAGAACAUACCGCCUUCAAAAGUGAAAUCAUCCAGUGGAUACUGCACACCAGCCCGUCGAGAUCUAACGGGUCUUUCGCCGGCAUCAUUCCAACCGUCAUCACAGUCGCUAGUGGAGAAGGACUUUCGAACCCGAUUUGCAGAAAAAGUUCGCCAAGAACAGCUUUCUGCGGCCUCGUAUUUUAACUCCAUGAACCCAUACAACCAGUCUGGCACGGAAACCAACGGGACCUAUUCGUCUCCGCCCUACUACAGUGGUGACGGAUUGACACCACCAGCUAGCUCUACCGUGCCUGCUAUCUCGUGUAACGAUUUCAGCAAUGACCAGAAUCCCGGAGGCCUUCCUACACCAGUCACCCCCGGAACAUCGGGUUUGUCACCCUUCCAAACACCAACCAUGUCGAUACCACGGCCUCGGAGCCAGCUGAGUCUGCUGAUCGAGCAAAGCCGAAGCAGCACCAAGACUCUCAGUUGCGGACAUACGAUGGUAACUGAUGAGUAA